GAUUCCAAGGUAACGCACGGAGGAGGCAAGCGGGAGGACACGGCCAGGCACAUACUGUCGCUUUAAUUUCUUUGCAAGGCAAGGGGCAGGUCGUUCCUCUCUCCCCCCCACCCCCUCUGUGCUCGGAGAAGGACGCGUUUUGCGCCACCACCACCACCGAUUCGACUGAAUGAACGGGUUGUAAACAUGUCCGUUCGCCAUUGUGGACUUAUUCAGUAUGCAAACGAUUCGCGGAGAGCGUCGUUAAUUUUCAACCUUCCUCCGGGGUUCUUCUUGGGCCGCGUCGGAGCGUUGUAGCGGUUCAACGGUAGCCUGUGAGCCGGGCCUAUUAGAAGCCACCUCCGCCUUGAUGGUAUCUGGGGAGGAGGAGGAGGAGGAGAAGAACAAGAGAGGCGAGGAGGAGAAGACACGGAUGAUAAAGAACUUGGUGGUGGUGGUGGUGGGGGGGAAAGGAAACGGUCAAGAUGGCAGCUGUGGGUGCAGGAGGUGAUGUGUCCAUACUAAUGAAUUAAUCUGAGGCAUGCAUGUCGUCGGAUUGUAACGGAACGCGCCCGGGAUUCUUCCGAGACGAGAGCGACGCGCUGGCUCUGGGAAACGCGAACAUUCCCCCGAAUCCAGAUGGAUUUUCACCAGGGUGUGGGCGAUAUACGCAUGGAAGAUGGUGAUACUUGGUUGAUUUGAAGGACGGAUCCAGCGGACGCUCUGCAGCGGGUUCCGGACAGCCCAUGAGAAUACAAGACGCACGUGUUUUUGCCUUGCGAGAAUAUCCUAGGAGGGCCUAAUUUGCAUAUCGUGCAUAAGUAAUCGCCGUUUUAAAACCCCGUAGAAAUUGACGGGACGCGACUCCCGUGUCUUCGUGUCCCGUGAUUUCAUUGAUCUUGUGCCAAAGCCGAGAUAUCGCAAAUAACAUGGCCGAGGCGUCGCAGGACGAACAAAACCUAAACGUUGAAAUAGACCCAGACUUCGAGCCCCAGAAAAGGCCCCGGUCGUGCACUUGGCCCCUGCCGCGUCCGGAGUCGGGCGCGAGCAAACCGGGGACGAAUGACACUGACGUCAUCCCCGAAGAGGAGGACGACGAGAACGACGCGGAGAAUGGCGCGGCGUCCGAGAAGAACCGCGCCGAGCUCGGGCCAAGGCCGCCGCACGGAGCCUCCUCCCUGCCCGUGGAGGUACGGAGGAGCACCCCGUCCAGCAGCAGGGAGGAAGGGGUGGAGGACGGGUCCCCUUCCUCCUCCUCCAUCCACCCCUCCGCCGCGGCGGCUCACGGCGGCUCUGCCUCCCAGCAGCUGAGGAAGUCUUCCGCCCGGAGGAACGCCUGGGGGAACUACUCGUACGCGGACCUCAUCACGCAGGCCAUCGAGAGCUCCCCGGAGAACCGGCUGACCCUGUCCCAGAUCUACGACUGGAUGGUGAGGUCGGUGCCCUACUUCAAGGACAAAGGAGACAGCAACAGCUCCGCGGGCUGGAAGAACUCCAUCCGCCACAACCUCUCGCUGCACAGCCGCUUCGUCAAGGUGCAGAACGAGGGCACGGGCAAGAGCUCCUGGUGGAUGGUCAACCCCGAGGGCGGCAAGGGGGGCAAGGCGCCGCGCCGCCGCGCCGUCUCCAUGGACAACAGCAAGUACAUCAAGGGCGCCCGGGGGCGGGCCACCAAGAAGAAGGCGUCCCUGAUGGCCGCGCAGGACGGCAGCUCGGAGAGCUCGUCCAGCCUGUCCAAGUGGACGGGCAGCCCCACGUCGCGCAGCAGCGACGAGCUGGACGCCUGGACCGACUUCCGCUCACGCACCAACUCCAACGCCAGCACGCUGAGCGGCCGCCUGUCGCCCAUCCUCGCCAACCCGGAGCUGGACGAGGCUCAGGACGACGGCGGCGGCGGCGGCGGCGGAGACUCGGCCCCCCUCUCCCCCAUGCUGUACUCCAGCCCCAGCAGCAUGUCCUCCUCCACGGGCCCCAUGGCGCUCCCCGACCUGGCGGGCACCAUGAACCUCAACGACGGGCUCUCGGACAACCUGAUGGACGACCUCCUGGACAACAUCAGCCGCCCAGCAGGCGCCCAGCAGGCGCCCCCCGGCGAGGGGGACGACGACGACGACAACGUCGAGGACGACGACGACGACGACGAGGAGGGCGAGGGCGGCGGCGGGGGCCGGGGAGACGGCACGCAGGCGGGCUCGGUGUUCCCCUUCGGCUGCCCCGGGGCCGGGCUGGGCAGCCCCUCGGCCAGCUUCGGCGCCCCCUCCCUGUUCAGCCCGCCGUCCAUCGCCAGCCUGCGCCAGUCGCCCAUGCAGACCAUCCAGGAGAACAAGCAGACCACCUUCUCGUGCGGCCCGCUGUUCGGCGACGCGGCGCUGCAGGACCUGCUGGGCCUGGAGGCCCACGGCCCCGCCAACGUCAUGCUGACCCAGUCGGACCCGCUCAUGUCCCAGGCCAUGAGCGGCGCCCUGCAGAACUCCCGCCGCAACGCCCUGCUGCUGCGCAAGGACCCCCCGCUGAGCCUCGUGGCCGGCCUCGCCCCCGGCGGCGGCGUCUCCGUGGCGGGUUGGCAAGCGGGCUUGCCGACGCACACCAACGGCCGGCCGGGGUCGAGCGCGGCCGGGCCCGCCGACGCCAAAGCGCGGCUCCAGAGGUCCCCGGUGAAGUCCGGGUCGCUGCCGCUGGGCGCGGGCGGGCUCCCGCCCCCCCCCCCCCACCGCUUCCCCGCCGACCUGGACCUGGACGUGUUCAACGGCGACCUGGAGUGCGACAUGGACGCCAUCAUCCGCAACGAGCUGAUGGACGCCGACUGCCUGGACCUGAGCUUCGAGUCGCACCUCGCCACGGCCCAGAACACGGAGAGGAACGGCGGGGGUUUCUCGGGCUCCACGAAGACCUCCCCGCAGAGCUGGGUCCCCGGCUGA